AUUCGACAGCUAUAUGAAGCGAGAAAGAGAAAGCAGGAAAGUGAAUGGGCAUUAAUACGUUGCGCGCGCAGAUAUUUUGCGGGAAAAUGCGUUUUAGCAGAGUCCGCACAUGCGCACUGGACGAAUAAGACUAGACAGCCAUAGUCUUGUCUACAUCCCUCUCGCACUCUCUUGACGAGUAAUGUGGCUUCACGCCAAGAUUCCAACUGAAAGGCUGCGAACCGUGGUGUGUGCAUCACCGAUUCCGUACUGCGCUGUUUAAGGAACCUCCUGUCAGUUGGUCGCAGUAAAAAACUGGUUCCUAGCUGCCUUCAGGUUGCUUCUGGUUUUCAAUCGUUUCAUCUUACGUACGCGAGGCCGUGCAGUAUCUGAUUCUCGUCGUAACGACCAAACGAGGAAUGCCCGACAACGGGGCUGUAUACCAACCAACCACCGUUGGUUACUCCUACGACACCGGGGUCGAUGGCUUUUUGGGUGUCGGUUCGGUCACCAGGCAUAAGCUUGGUCUCAGAAAGUGGCUGGAAUGGGUCAGCCUCUCCACAGCAGUCCCUUUAACAGCGGCGGGCCUCAUCUUCAUCAUCGUCGCCCUGGCAUCAGGCGACUCGAUCAAUGCUCAAACCGAGCCCCAACAGUAUCUGCCUACCAAACCUAUCGAAGUUCAGCAGAUUCCAGUUGCUGCCGAUACCAACAGCACUAAGGAAUGCCCGCCAUCGGUUAAUAGGAAUCGAUAUAGCGGUGAUGAUUCGAACGGAAGAACAAUAGCCAUUGGCGCAACACUGUUGGCAUUCGGUUUUCUUCUUGGUCUGAUUUGGGUAUGGCUCCGGUUUUACAAAAAGAGAGAAUCGCCCAGGAAUGAGCCGUCUGGGGGCGGCGGACAGAUGUUGGGCGGUUUGAACCCGUCAACUGACUUGCUGGUGGGUUCCCCUUCGCAGUACGGGCCGGUACUCACCGAGGUCCCGAGUCACCCGAAAACAAAGCAGAUCACCAAUCACCAGAAUGCUGCCUCCGCGCUCUCUGACCAGGAAGAGGAGACUAGAACCCUCAUGCAAGAACCUCCGACUUUCAGCCCCAACUCCAACAACACCAGUGAAAAUCAGCAUCCAGAAUGAACUCCUGCUCGGUUUGAAGUGCAGUAUCGAGCUUAAAAAAGUCUGAACAGUAUUUGAAAUUCCGAAUAACCUGUCCAUCUUUAUCCGAGUAACCAGUCAUCUGUUAGCUUUUCUAUGUUUUUUUUUUUUUUUGUUUUACUAUACUUUCAAUCAAUCAAUUAAUGCCAAUUAGAUUACUAUAUGAAAUACGAUCUACUUAUUCUUGCAUGUUACGGAAAAAUUGACAUUAUAUGUAUAGAAACUAAAUGUGAAUGAAAUGACCGAGCCUGUAAUGAGUCUCUUAUUUUGUUCUGUAUGUAAUUCGUACACACAAGAAAAGAGACCUCUUACGUACGGUCGUUACAUUAUAUGUAUAUAUCUGACUGCUUUUUUCAAUCUUCGAUGGUCGGACAAGUUAACCCAUUUUCUAUUCACCUUUUUCAAAUUUACUCAUUCUGUUUAGUGGCUGAUUCGGCUUUGUGACAUAAACGUGAUCUGUAUGAACUAUUAAAUAUACAUUUAGUUUAGGUUUGACUAAUUAAUUAGAUCUAUUGUUUCACGCACAGUGCUUUCGCAUUUCUAUUCUUUAAUUUUACAUUCUACUAGGGCCUUGUUCGAUUGUUUUUAUAUUCGAGGCAUUGAUAUUCGAAUUGUUCAAUUCGUAAUUUCGCUCGACUCUGCACAUUUUUUAAUAUUGCCUAAGUCCUCUUCAAAUGUAAAUCGAAAUAUUAUUUAGCGAACUUGAUUCAAUUCUUUUAAGCUUAUAGUCUGAAAAAAGAAAGGCGAAACAAGCAUAGGUAUGUGAGAAAGUAAUUUUAUUCAAUUACUUCGAUACUGGUAAUUUUGAGACUAAUAUUUUCUAUUCAAUUUUAUAGACUGAUGAUUUAAUUUUAAUCAACUAAUAUGGAUCUAUGCACGCCGUUAGUCUUGUCGAUACAAUGUUAGUUGACCGACAAGUUAGGGUUACAUAAGUGGCAUAUUUUAUUGCGUCCUCGUGUGCAAAAUCACGCUCUCAUUAAUGACUUACUUAAGAAAGAAGUUUGUACAUACAUUGGCAAUUUGAUGGAUUUACGCAUUAAUAUAUUAUAUGUCGUGCAGUGUGUCCCAACUUAAACUAUGCAUUAGAAUGUCUCUGGAAUGAGGACUGCUACCAAAAAAUGGUUCAGAUGAGAAUAUUAUAGUUUCGAAAGGGACAUGGUGGUGAUACAAGAUUGGUUGUGAGUAGUACUGCUUUUGAGAAACUAAUACUAACGUAGUUUUAUUGCAUGGCAGCCGAUUUUUUUCCCAGAACGAAUGUUGUACCAUUUUUCGUUAUCGGUCCUUAUUUCCAAGAUAUUCUAAUGCACGGUUUAAGUUGGGACACCCUGUAUAUAUACCUAUAUCACUGUAUAUACCUCAGACAAUACUUAGGCACAAGGCACAAUGUUCCAAAAUUUGACGUCCUAAAAAGGAUUUUACAGCCCAACAAAUGUCUCGGAUUACACCGUCGUAUUUGAGAUGAUGAAUUUUGGGAUCGUAGACAUCAUUUUCCCGUUUUCUGGAUAAAUUUUGGCCAUUGAAUUUUCUGGGACGUAUAGAUGCAAACAAGUUUGUAUAUAAGACAACAAUUGGACAUAUGUAUUGAUGAAUAUAUUACGAGAAAUCGAAAAUGCAAAAUAAUUGAUAAAAAAAUAAUAAUAAUUUAAGUAAGUUGGUUAACGUACUCAACGUCAUUAUGACAUUAAUUGUAUGUAUGUACCUAUUAUUGUCUAUUGGUAUCUAUUGCUUUACUUAGCAAACGUCUACAAAGUACUGGCACUGCUAAACCUUACUGAAUAUGCGAAUACUCGAAAAUUAAUUGAUGAAUAAUAAAUUUAUUUUAAUUUUUAA